AUAAAACUCAACCAUGUACAACGUAUUCUGUCAACAACGAUUAGAGCAGCUGCAGCAACAAAAACAACGACAAGAACAACAUAUGUCAUUAUUUUGUAAAUAAUUAAAAACAGAAACAUUUAUUAAGCGCUCUGAAACUCUGAACUAUAAUUAAAAAUUAUUAUAAAUCUAUGAAAAUGUUACUUUUUGACAAUGACCCCAAUCAAACGUUUUCCAUUUUAUUAUCAUCCAAUGAAUUCGAAAGCAUGGAGUCAUUAUCAGCAUCUGCAACUGCAGCAUCAUCUUCAUCAUCUUCAUCCGCCCUUUGGUUGCCAUCGCCUUCAUCUUCAUCGUCCGCAUCCUCCGAUUCAGCCGUAUCUGCAAUAUGGAAUUUUGAUAAGUUGCCAUCGGCCAAGGCCUUGUUGAAUAACGAAUGGCUGCAGCAGAACAUGAGCCAAAUGCUGAACAUGUCCAGUGACAAUUUAACAAAUUUAUUCACCAGCAUCCAACAGCAGCCGGUGCCACAAUCCCAACGAUCGCCCAUGCCGCUUUUGGCCACAUUGACGGUCUGUUAUACGCUGAUAUUUAUUGCUGGUGUCCUUGGAAAUCUUAUAACAUGUAUUGUGAUAUCUCGUAAUAAAAUUAUGCAUACGGCAACGAAUUUUUACCUCUUUAAUUUGGCCGUAUCCGACCUGAUACUCCUGUUGUCAGGUAUGCCUCAGGAUUUAUACAAUCUGUGGUAUCCUGACUCAUAUCCUUUUACCGAUGUACUGUGCGUUAUGGAAGGUGUCUUGUCAGAGACAGCUGCCAAUGCAACUGUACUGACUAUAACAGCCUUUACUGUGGAACGUUAUAUUGCCAUCUGCCAUCCAUUUCGCCAACAUACCAUGUCGAAAUUAUCACGUGCUGUUAAAUUUAUUUUGGCCAUUUGGUUAACGGCUUUUGUUUUAGCUUUACCCCAAGCGAUGCAAUUUUCCGUGGUGCCACAGCAUGGUGGUACAGCAUGUACGAUAAACAAUGAUUUCUUUGCACAUGUUUUUGCGGUGUCGGGUUUUAUAUUUUUCGGUGGACCCAUGACUGCAAUUUGUGUUCUCUAUGUACUAAUAGGAGUAAAAUUAAAAAGGAGUCGCUUGUUGCAAGCUGUGCCAAGAAGAUGUUACGAUGUCAAUCGGGGUAUUAGCGCACAAACUCGAGUCAUAAGAAUGUUGAUUGCGGUUGCUGUGGCAUUUUUUCUUUGUUGGGCACCAUUUCAUGCACAACGUUUGAUGGCUGUUUAUGGCUCUACAUCGGGCAUUGAUUCAGAAGUUUUCAAUACCAUCUAUUAUAUAUUGGAUUAUACCUCAGGUGUAUUGUAUUUUCUGUCGACCUGCAUAAAUCCUUUACUCUACAACAUAAUGAGCCAUAAGUUUCGUGAAGCAUUCAAGGUAACCCUGGCCCGCCAUUUCCUAUCGGGAAAAUACCAGAGUCAAAAUCACAAUUACAGUGCUCUGUUGAGGCAGAAUGGCUCGCUGCGUAUGCAUCAUACAACGGAUAGCAUAAGGACAACAACGACGACUACAACCGUCAACAGUGGCAAUGGUAGCGGAGUCGCUGGAGGAACAGGAGGAGGAGGAAUUGGUGCUGGCGGCAGUGGUACUGGCAGCGGAAGUUCAACACUUAUUGGUGGACAUCAUCAUAAUCAUCAUCAGGGUUGCAGCAACAGUUGUAGAUCUUCGCAGCAUCGUAACCGCUGUGCAUCCAUGGGUUCUCAAUCUACGCUUCUUAACUCCCAAAUAGGACCCAAUACCCCAGCUCAACAUCGACUGCUACAGACUCAAAUAUCGCAGCUGUCUUCGGUAGGAGAUGCAAACUCGCUAAUGGAAUGUGAUAUGACUGGAGGAAGCACAGCUCCCCAAUGUCAUCAUCCCUCAACUGCAUAUAGACUAAAGGAAAUACGCAGGCAGCGUUCUAGAGGCAAUGAUGACUGCCACUCCAUAGACUCUUCUGCUCCUUCUCAUCAUUGGAGAGAUGACCCUAAACGCUGUGUUUCUAUGCAUGAAACGGAGCUGUAUACCAAACCUAUGGCUCCACAUAUAAUGGCGGCCACACUUGUGGCAACACAGCCCAUACAACCAAUGCACUCAAUAGCUGAACUUAGUAUAGAAAGACCCACAAGAUCAAGACUAAAGUUGUCACGCAUAAUUACCAGGCGCCAACAAGAUGCUUUUGCAUUACAAUCUAGUCCAAGAGUGGAGUUAAUGAGACCUCAAUAUAAGGUGGAUAAAGCCUCGGUAAAAACGAUCAAUUCUCUGGCCGAUAAGUUCAAGUGGCGAACUAAGCGAAAAUUAACCAAAAAACGAACACCCGCUUUGAAAAAUGGUGAAGAGUACGAUGGUUCCACGAGCCUGGGUCCUCCUCUACCUACAACGGCCCUCAUGAAGGUAGUUUACACUACAGCAGCGGGAGCUGAUCUUGAACCAGAAUUAACACUCAACACAGAUGGUUCGUUGGGUUAUCGUACUCCACAUGCGUUAUGAUGACACAUCAAUGAAUUGUCACCAUUGAGGAUGAAUGAAAAGUUGAGCCAUGAAAUGGACAAAGAAGAAUACGAAUUGAAUCAAUUUAGAUAAGACUGCUGAAAACAAACAAAACUAAACUAAACAAAAGAAAAGAAAAUACAAAAAUAGAACAGAAUUUUAAUGUAUAAAAAAGCGUACAAGGAGAUUGUGAUGUUCAAGUGUCCAAAAUUCAAAAUGAGAUUCUAGUUUCUUUAGUUUAUUAAUAUGUAUUGUAACUUAACUAGUUGGCUGCUGAAUACUUGUAACUCUUGUUAUUUUUCUAGAUACAAAUUUCAACAACCUUGACUUUGACAUAACAAAGACAAGAAAAUAAUUUAUAACGACAAUAAAUUGUCAUAGUUUAUAACAGAUAAUAGUGUUUGUUCAACAGAAUAGAAUAAAAAAACUUUACAGCAUCAUCAAAAAACAUCAACGAUUUGUGAUUUCAAAUACCUACUGAGUACAUACUUAUAAAGUGGUAAAAAUACAGUUAAUUUAAAUUUAUAAAUUCGCCUACGUUGGCAAAAAUAACUUGGAGUACAUUUAACUAAAUUAUUAAUUUUAAACGUAUGCAUUGUAACAUUACAUUUAAUUUCCAUUACUCCUUUAAAAAGGCUCUCAUAACGGAAAUUAACUCAUUGAUUGAUACUUCAAAAAACAAAUUAAGGUGUCUCAAAUUUAACGCCUACAUAUUGUCGAGAACAAAAUAUCUAUAAAUAACAUGUUUAUGAACAUUAAUAACACAUUUAAUAAUUUUAGAUUAACUUUGUUAUUGUUUUCGCCCACAAAUUUAAAAAAAAAAACUUUUAAAUAUGAUUUUUAGCGUGAGUUUUCAUUGUAAAAGUAAUAAAUAAAAUGUCUUACAGCAAAUUGACAUGUAAAAACUCAAAGUAACUUUUAACUUGUAAUGACAUUUUUUUAACGUAAAGAUUAGAAAAGUUUUUUCUUAAAAGACGCUACGAUAUUAAAAAAAAAGCAAAAAUAUUUACAAAUUGUUUACAAUUUCCUAUUGUGAGUGUGUGUUAUUUGUUCUAACACUAUUUAGAAGUCCUUUGUUCAAUUUUACCACUUUAUAUAUUUAUGUACAUGUAAGUAUUAAAAGUCGCUUUUCUGACACGAUUUUGUGGCAUAUUUUAAGGGCAACAUUUUUGAAACACUUGUGAAAAACGAGCUUAUUUUCCAAAUUUUCGAAAGCGAUUUAGAUCCUAGUAAAAAUUUAUAAAUUUUUUAGAAAAAAAUUAUGACCACUUAAAAUAAAUAUUGCCACUUAAAAUAAUAUAUUGUUACUGUUCUAAGGGAAGAAAUUUUACUGAAGUUUUGAAAAUGUCAUAUAAAUUUUGAAACUUAAGUAUAAUUUCAUCUCUUAGGGCGAACUUUAAAACCUGUCCUAAGCAAUUUUAGUAACUUAUACUCAAGAUUACUAAUAAUGGGGAAUAAGAAGUUAAUAUGUCCCAAAGUCAUACCUUAUAAACAUACAUAUUUUAAACAAUAUAGAUCUACCGAAAACUCCAAACAUUCUAAUUUGCCAUAGAAAAUAAAGAAUUAAUCACUUAUUUACAGUUCCGAGUUAAACAAGAAAAUUUAUUCAAUUUAAUAACAUGUUCAACUUGCUAGAAGUUUUGAAACUUUAAACGUGAUAUCAUAAGAAAUAAAAAGUCCUUUUAAAUAAGUUAAAACUAUUUUGCUUUUAAUUAAAAAUAAUAUUUCUAAAAUUCUAAAUUUUAUUGUAAAUAAAGUAAGAAUAAGAUGUAAAUAAUACUAAGUGUAUAGUUAGGUACCUAUGUACAUAUAUUUUUUGAAAAUAUGUGCAUAGUUUAAUACAUAGUUUUAUAUAUAUAGAGGUAACAAAGUACUUAAGUCAUUAAAAGUUAAAGAAUUUUUAGUUUUUAGACAUAUUUUCUCUCUUGCGCUUUGUUUUUCUAAAGCCUUUUAUAGAAUUUAACAUUUUAUUUCUUACAUGUAGAUAAUUAUUUGUAAAUUUAAUUAAUAUCUCAAAGUAAUUCCAAUAUUAUUCUCAAUUUUUUACUUUAUUUUUUUUUUCGAAUGUGAAUUAUUACACAUUGUGUAGAAUAACAAUAAUUAUGUAAAAUACUGUAAGUAUGUAUUCGUGUCCUUUUUUAUAUGAGUGUAUGUAUUAAAUAAAAUAAGAAAAUGUUUGU